UUUCAUCCGUGAAUGAAGCCAGCUUUUCCAAGAAAAAUACAAAUAAAGCAACAAAAUGUCCAGAAAUCACAUACGAUUUCUGGCUAAAACUGUACUGGUGAAAAAUGGUGAAGUUGAAGUUGCUUACCGAGCCCUUGAUAGGAUACUUCACAAUGAAAAGAUAAUCGACGAGAAUCGUAGGAACCAAUACUAUGAGAAGCCUGCCCAGUGGCGGAAAAGGAUCAUGUAUGAAAGAGCCAAACGUAUCUACAACUCAGAAAUGCAGAGAAAGAUUCAGUUUAUUUCUAGGAAGAAUAGGAUUGAUCCUUUCCCAAGAUAACACUCCUGGAUGUUAGACAAUUUUCGAACUUAUUUGCAAACUUUUAUUUACAGGAAGUAGAUCCAGAUGACCAUAAAUGAAAGACUUAUUGGUUGACUUGAUACCUGAUGCUUGAGAGAACUGGAUUUUUCAAUGCCAAAGGAUUUCGAAGGCUGUUCCUGCAGGAAUAGAUCAAUUGCAGCGAUGUUAGUCUUUUUGAAUACUCAUAGGACUUCAUAUAGUUUCUUUAUGCCAAGAUAAUAAGGUAUCAAGGAAAGCCACUACAUUGAGGAGUGCUUAAGACCAGCAUGUUGCAACUUUGGACAUGGUGGGCAUCUAUGUCUCAUUCUGUCUACUUUGGUUCAUCUGCAUAGUGGUGUAUUUCAUGUGACCAUACGAACAAUUGAUGUUGAAAUAAAAUUGAUUAUGAUGUAAA